GUAUACCCGCAGCCAGCUUGCUGAUUACUUCCAGCGUUGAACUCAACACCCGCUCGAUUCUCCCCAGCCAGCUGUCUAUGCGGCCUCGCUGAUUCCGUCCUUCUCUUGACUGGCCUGCAGAGCAAGCGCUUGCUUUGCGGCUCCGGGCUCGCCCAAGAUGUCCUCACCCACCAUGCUCACAAAAUUCGAAAGCAAGUCCUCGAGAGCCAAGGGACUUGCUUUCCACCCUACACGGCCAUGGCUGCUCGUCUCGCUCCACUCCAGCACAAUCCAGCUCUGGGAUUACCGCAUGGGCACCCUGAUCGACCGAUUCGAAGAACACGAUGGCCCAGUGCGAUCGGUGGCCUUCCACCCGACCCAGAACAUAUUUGUUAGUGGUGGAGAUGAUUACAAGAUUCGCCUGUGGUCGUUGCAGAGCCGGAAGAGUAUUGCGGUUUUGUCAGGGCAUCUCGAUUAUGUCCGAACCGUCGCUUUUCACCAUGAGCUUCCAUGGAUCCUGUCAUGCUCCGACGAUCAGACAAUACGAAUCUGGAACUGGCAAAACCGAAGUCUCAUCGCCACUUUAACCGGACACAAUCACUACGUCUGGUGUGCGCAAUUCCACCCCAAGGAGGACUUGAUCGUGUCUGCAUCCCUCGACCAGUCUGUGCGUGUUUGGGAUAUUUCAGGACUCCGGAAGAAACAUUCUGCACCAACAUCCAUGAGCUUCGAAGACCAGAUUUCCCGCGCGAAUAACCAGGCAGACAUGUUCGGGAACACCGAUGCUGUCGUCAAAUUCAUUCUAGAAGGCCACGAUCGAGGUGUCAAUUUCUGCGCUUUCCAUCCCACACUCCCUCUGAUUGUUUCCGCUGGCGAUGACCGACUUGUCAAACUCUGGCGAAUGAGUGAUACCAAGGCAUGGGAAGUCGACACUUGUCGUGGUCAUUUCCAGAACGCUUCGGCAUGUAUUUUCCAUCCUCAUCAGGACCUUAUUCUCUCCGUUGGCGAGGACAAGACAAUCCGUGUCUGGGAUCUCAACAAACGGACUUCCGUCCAAUCAUUCAAGCGCGACCUGGACCGAUUCUGGAUUAUCGCUGCCCAUCCGAAAAUUAAUCUAUUUGCGGCUGGCCAUGAUACCGGUGUGAUGGUGUUCAAGCUGGAAAGGGAGCGGCCCGCGUCUACUAUUCACCAGAACCAGCUCUUCUAUAUCACAAAGGAGAAACAUGUCAAAUCAUAUGACUUUGCAAAGAAUGCGGAAUCUCAGCCAUUACUGUCGUUGCGAAAGCUUGGAGCCCCGUGGGUGCCUAUCAGAACCAUGUCCUACAACCCUGCCGAACGAGCUAUUCUUGUUACCACCCCCGCUGAAAAUGGCACGUACGAAUUGAUCCAUCUCCCCCGUGAUGGCACAGGCGCUGUUGAACCAACCAACUCUAAACGCGGACAAGGUAAUUCCGCAGUCUUCGUCGCCCGAAAUCGAUUUGCAGUUUUCAGCCAGGCCAAUCAGACCGUGGACAUUAAGGAUCUGAGCAAUUCUACAACCAAGUCCAUCAAGGCCCCAACCGGUACUACAGACAUUUACUUUGGCGGUUCAGGUGCUUUGUUGUUCAUCACACCAACAUCCGUGGUUUUGUUCGAUAUUCAGCAAAAGAAACAGCUCGCCGAACUUGCUGUCAGCGGUGUCAAGUAUGUUGUAUGGUCAAACGACGGACUUCACGCGGCCCUGUUGAGCAAACACAACGUUACCAUUGUGACCAAAAACCUACAGCAGCUCAGCUCCAUCCAUGAGACAAUCCGUAUAAAGAGCGCCACCUGGGAUGAUUCAGGCAUCUUAUAUUACUCCAGUUUGAACCAUGUCAAAUUCUCUCUAUUGAAUGGUGACAAUGGCAUUAUCCGCACCCUCGAUCAAACUGUCUACUUAGUAAAAGUCAAGGGACGACAGGUUUACUGCCUUGAUCGUAACGCCAAGCCGCAGAAUUUCGAAAUUGACCCUACAGAAUUUCGUUUCAAGAGUGCCUUGGUCAAGAGAAACUAUGAUGAAAUGCUUCACCUCAUCAAAACUUCUAGUUUGGUCGGCCAAAGCAUUAUUGCUUACCUUCAAAAGAAGGGCUAUCCAGAAAUUGCGUUGCAAUUCGUUCAAGAUCCUCAGACCCGCUUCGAAUUGGCGAUCGAAUGUGGCAAUUUGGAUGUUGCUAUCGAGACCGCCAAAGAGAUUGACCGGCCCAAGUUGUGGAAUAGGUUAGCCACUGAGGCUCUUGCUCACGGCAACCACCAGACCGUUGAGAUGACAUAUCAGAAAGAGAGACUAUUUGACAAACUCUCUUUUCUGUACUUGUCCACAGGUGAUCAGGAAAAGCUCUCUAGAAUGGCCAAGAUUGCUACUCACAGAUCUGACUUCACAUCCCGCUUCCAAAAUGCGAUCUACAGAGGGGACGUCGAGGACAGGAUUGAGAUGUUCAAGGAAGUUGAUCUCUACCCUCUCGCCUAUCUGACCGCCAAAACCCAUGGAUUGACCGACGAAGCGGAGGCCAUUUUGGAGACAUGUGGUCUUACCGAAGAUCAACUCAAACUGCCUACAAUUGGCGAGCCUCUAAACAUCCCCAGACCCAUUGUUCCCACAUUCAAGGCAAAUUGGCCAACGAAGGCUGCUGGACAUUCAGCCUUUGAAAAGGCUCUUCUUGGAGAAGUCGGUGCCCCUGACGAGGAGGCAGGAUAUGAAGUUGAGGAGGAAGUCGAGGAGGCAGCAGCAGCAGUAGGCGACGCUCUUGAUGAAGAGGAAGAGGAGGAUGUAGCUGGAUGGGAUAUGGGUGAUGAGAUCAAUGUUGAGGAUGAAAACGAUUUUGUUAACGUCGAAAGCGUUGACGCUGGAGCUUCAAUCUCAGAAGCUGAUCUCUGGGCCCGGAACUCUCCACUGGCGGCCGAUCACGUUGCUGCUGGCUCCUUCGACUCGGCAAUGCAACUCCUCAAUCGUCAAGUGGGCGCAGUGCAUUUUGCUCCUCUCAAGCCAAGAUUCUUGGAAAUUUACACGGCAUCAAAAACAUACCUGCCUGCCUCGGUGGGACUGCCGCCUUUGGUGAACUAUAUUCGAAGAACAGUGGACGAUACAGAUUCUCGUAAGGUCCUGCCCAUCAUUCCUCGCGAUCUCGAGGCCGUCGCAAAUGGAGACCUACAAGAAGGCUACGCUGCAAUGCGAUCCAACAAGCUGGAAGAGGGAGUCAAGAUCUUCAAGCGAAUCCUGCACACACUGCUUGUUAAUGUCGUUUCUUCUGAAAGCGAAGUAGAGCAGGCCAAGAAAAUCAUUGUCACUGCUCGGGAAUACAUCCUUGCCAUGUCGAUUGAGCUUGAGCGUCGUUCCUUGUCCACCGAGUCGCCGGAUGGCCUGAAGCGAUGUCUGGAACUUUCCGCCUACUUCACAAUUCCCAAACUCGAAGUGGCCCACAGACAGCUUGCUCUGAUGGCAGCGAUGAAGCUGGCAUUCCAGAACAAGAAUUACUCCUCAGCACUGAGUUUCGCCAAUAGAAUGAUCGCCAAUGGCGGCUCUGCGAAGUUGCUGGAACAGGCCAAAAAGAUCAAGUCGCAGUCUGAACGCAACCCACAUGACAAAAUCGAGAUUGAGUUUGACCACUUCGCCGACUUUGAAGUUUGUGCGGCGUCUUAUACGCCAAUCUACAGCGGCUCUCCAAGCGUCUCUGAUCCGUAUACUGGAGCCAAAUACCACGAGCAAUACAAGGGAUCCGUAGAUCGGAUUGCAGAGGUAACUGAAAUUGGGGCACCGGCUAGCGGUCUGCGGUUAUUUGCUUCGGGAUUGUAAAGCAGAGGGAGAUAUUAGAUGAUGAGAAUAUGUAAUGAAGCCCAUUGAGGAUUUGUUCUUUGUGUUUCUUUUUUCAUAGUAUCGAUUUGUUAUACGAUUGUUACAUUUACAUUUCUUUUCUCAAGGACCAAAAAGGCGCUUCUAUUAUUUUUUCAUCGGCAAAUACUUUUCUUCGAUACGUCCAGUCACGAUGGGAGAACGUGGCUCUCACCAUCAUCAGCUGAUUGGAUUGGUUGGUGUUUGGAUCAAUUUCAAAAGCUACAAGAUUAAUUGACUGUCUAGUCAUAAUUAUAUGGUAUAAAUAACGCACGGCUGAAGUAGAGAGUAUUAUACAAUUCA